ACUCCCACAGCUGUCAACUGUCCCGUCCCCCUUCUUUAACACCUCUCUCUCUCCCUCUCUCUCGCAGACACCUUGAUUGAGCUCAAGCUCUUGAUCAGCAAAUUAUCCAUGGCCGACCGCCACCCCAUCUCAGCCCAAACCCAGAGAGCCUCCACAUUCCUAAGUAAACUCCAAGACCAUGCACCAAACUCUACCCAGCUCGUCGGCUUCUUGACCCUCCUCAUCUCCUGCUCCGUCUUGCUCAUCCUCACCGGCCUCACCGUCACAGCCACGGCCUUCGGCGUCGUCUUCUUCGCCCCACUGAUCCUCGUUUCGAGCCCCAUAUGGCUCCCAAUCGGGACCUUCCUCUUUGUUUGCACCGCUGGCUUCUUGUCUUUUUGCGGGUUCGGCGUAGCGGUCGUGGCCGCCUUAUCCUGGAUUUACCGCUACUUCCGUGGGAUGAACCCUCCCGGUUCGGACAGGUUCGACUACGCAAGGAGCCGGAUUUACGACACGGCGAGCCAUGUCAAGGACUAUGCUAGCCAGUACGGUGGGUACUUGCAGAGUAAGGUGAAGGAUGCGGCUCCUGGGGCUUGAGAUUUGAGAGGUGUUGGAUAACUGGACCGAACUUGUUCCGGUUUACUAUGGGGUUCGUUACAGUGAACCGGGUUUAUUUCUUUUUUAAUUAUUUUUUCUAAAUGACUGGUAUUUUCUUUUUUCUUUUUUCUUUUUUCUUUUUUGUGUUUAGUGGUUUGUUUGGACUUUUGCUGUCUUUGUUUGA